GGAGCGGAGUGUCUCAGAGGCUGCGCUCCUUCCAGAACCCAAGGACUUACAGCUUCUUCCGCUGCCUCCCUGUGCCAACAACCCCCCCAAAAGUUGUGAUGCUUUUCUUUACCCAGUGCUUUGGGGCUGUGUUAGAUCUCAUUCACCUCCGCUUUCAGCACUACAAGGCUAAACGGGUUUUCUCCGCUGCUGGGCAACUUGUCUGCGUCGUAAACCCCACGCACAACCUAAAGUAUGUGUCCAGCCGCCGCGCCAUCACUCAGAGCACGCCGGAGCAAGGCAACUUCCCCCCUCACCACCUCACUCACCACCACCGCCAUCACCGCCCCCACCACCACCUCCGCCACCACACUCGCCCACACCACCUCCACCACCAGGAGGCGGGGCUGCACGCCGCCCAGGUGACACCCUGCAUGUGCCCCCUGUUCUCCUGCCAGUGGGAAGGCCACCUGGAGGUGGUGGUGCCCCACCUGCAGCAGAUGCACAGGGUUGACAUCCUUCAGGGAGCUGAGAUCGUCUUCCUGGCCACGGACAUGCACCUCCCCGCACCAGCCGACUGGAUCAUCCUGCACUCCUGCCUGGGCCACCACUUUCUGCUGGUGCUUAGGAAACAGGAGAGGCAUGAAGGGCACCCCCAGUUCUUUGCCACCAUGAUGCUGAUCGGGACCCCCACCCAGGCCGACUGCUUCACCUAUCGCCUAGAGCUCAACAGAAACCAUCGGCGGCUCAAAUGGGAGGCCACCCCCCGGUCUGUUCUCGAGUGCGUGGACUCGGUCAUCACCGACGGGGACUGCCUGGUCCUCAACACCUCACUGGCCCAGCUUUUCUCCGACAAUGGCAGCCUGGCCAUCGGGAUCGCCAUCACUGCUACGGAGGGCUGCUCUUCGGAAGCUGAGCUGUGAAGCCAGAGGCCACUGGACAUUCAGGCACAGCCACCCUCCCCCCAGACGCUCUGCCUGUGUCCCUGGGACCUCCGAAUGCCAGGCCCCCAGGCUUCUUUUUAUUCUUCUCCCUCCUUCCCUCCUUCCUUCUUUCCUUUUUUUGUCUCAGGUACUUUGUGGUGUUUAGUAUUUGUCUGCCAUGGGCAUUACAGUAGGUAAACAGCCUGUGAUUCAAGAUCUUGGCGUGAUGCUUGUCCUCAUUUGUCGGUAUAGCCUUAUAGAGCAUUUGUAAUCCGAUUCAGUCAGAAUGGUGAUUUCCUGCACCCCUAGUGCCCUUCUCCACUGCUUCCCACAUGAGCAAAAGCCACCAAGACCGCAACGUGGACUGUUAGGGUGGAAAAGAGAUUUAGUGUCCAAAUCAUUUCUUCCUUCUCUCUUCAGUCUAUUUCAGACUGAGCUAACUCUGAAAUGUGUGAGGACAGCAGGUUGGGGAAGGGGGCCCUGCCAGCUCAGAGUUAUAGUUCAGACCAACCGGACACAACUCUGACACCUUCCCACGAACCUUAGGGUCAGAGCUACGCCGCCUGGACAUGAGGAGAUGGGGUCUCCUCUGAAGGCCAGGGCAUGGGGCUGGAACUGACAUCGCGCCAUGAGGUCGCCAGGGUGACCCUGGGGCUGAGGGGGUGGGCAGAUGCUGAACCCUCUGUUGGCAGGCUGCUGUGAGCUUGCUGGCAGCCUGGGCUGUCCUUUCCUGCUCUGGAGUCAAAGUACUCAUGUUUAUGGUGCUCUCUUGAAAACCUCUUUGCCCUCUGUUGAGCAAGUAGGAGGAAAGAACAGGCAAAAUGCAGGGGAAGAGAAGCCGCUGAGAAAAAAGAUAAAAUUAAUCUCCCACCUCUGGGAGGGCGUUCUCUCCUCAGAGAGUUUUAUUAUCAGAUUGUAAAAUCCGUCAACCCUUUCACUGGGGCGGAACUUUUCUAUCAUGUGAAGAACCCCUUUACUCUUGAUAUUCUGUAAACCAGAACCACGACUCGGCAUCAAACACAGGAAUUGGGAGGGUAUGCCCAGGACCUCGGACCUCCGGAGGUCAGAGGUGUCUCAUAUACCUGGGGCAGGGGAGAGGGGGUCCUCUUUCUUUUUCUUACUAUCUAAAUGUUCCAAGGGCCCCCAUUCAGCACACAAACAUUGUCACUGGUCAACUAUUAUCAGCUCCCUGUUGCAGUGUGAAUGAAAAGGUGACAAAAAUCCAUCUUGCUUCUACAUAGACUGCUUUCUCAUAUUUGCUUGUCAGAACAAUUCAACACCUUCUUGUAGAAGUCUCUCUUGCGUAUUUGAAGAAAGUAAGCAUGUUUAAUCGACUUCGUCUCUUCUGUUCAAAGGUGAACACCUUUCAGCCUUCCCAGUAGACCCUCUUCUCCCUCCUGUUUGAUGUUUCUGUCCUUUCCUUGGCUACUCUCUGGUCACUAAAAAGCAUGGCACCCAAACCCCACACAACACUCAUUAGAAUUGAGCAAGCCUUCCACCACCCAGAUGUCGCUUUCUGCCCUGUUCCCUCACCCCGGCCAUCUUGGCUGCAUCUGGGCAGGCCUCCAAGUGAGUACUUAGUUUCAGGCAACUUGCCCUGGCUGGCCAUCAGCAGUCUUUUGCCCACCAAAAAUCAUCGAUCUUGAAACACAACACCCGUCCCCCCUCCAAAUUAGAUAAUCCUCCCGUCACCUGUGCUGCCAAUCCACACCCCAAGCACCAGAAGGGUGUCAGUCAGUAGAAGAUUUCAUAAUGCAGCCCCCUCCAGUCACACAGCAAUCACUGAGACCCUGGGGCCAAACUUUGGUUAGGGUAGGGUCCUGAGAGGGCCAAUAAACAUCAGAUCACUGACUGAGGCGAGCAUUAGGUCACAUCCCAGAGAAAGGGUUGUAACCUGCUGGCUCUGUCAGAACAUCCCACCAGGGCAGCAGCUCUGGCCUCACAGACAGCCCAGAGCAAGCUGAUGCUGGUUGCCCAGCCCUGGGACAGACUGCCUCACUUGGUUCCUUCCUUUACCUCCAGGCCCUUCCCCAAAACCUCAGAUCUCCUUGCCUGUAAGUAUGCUACUUUGAGAAGCCUCAGUUCCUCCCCUGGUUUCUGAUACUCAACUACUCUGAAACAUUUCUGUAGCAUCACAGGUGCCCCAGAUAAACAGACACACAAAACCUCAACAAGAUAAAAUUACAGUCCACAGGGGCCUUAGGAUUCCUGCAAACAUCACCUCUGCCUUCUGGUUGUGCUGUUACCUGAGCCAAACUGGGAAUAACCUCAGGUUAUUUUUGCACACAAGACUGUAUUAUGAAUGGAUGACCCCAGAGAGGAACUUGUGUUUUUGGUACUUAGGCAUGUUUAGAAUAGAGAGUAGAAAUGUUCUCUUUUCAUCCAUCUAUGGUGCUCCCAAAAAGGCCUUCCUCUCCAUAGCCACAUGUGAGGAAUUGAAGAAAAAAGAGCAAACCAAAAACAAUGCAUAGAGAAGAGAAAAGAGCACCAACAGAGUGUGUUGUAGUGACAUUUAUCGUCACAAAGCGCUCCCGCAUUCCAGUCUCGGUUAAUCCUUAUGGACAGCCUCAAUAUACUAGAAAAAAGAGAGACUCGGAGACAAGAAAUGACCUUCCCAAGGUCGCACAUCAAGUGGUUAGGGCCAUGCCUAGAACCCGGCCAACUGACUACAGAUUUGGUGUUCUUGAAAAAGGAAGACUGACCCCAAAUAUUCCGCAGUGGUCCCACUUCAUCAGUGGUCUAUGGUCCUGAGGGUCAACCAGGUCUUUGUUCUGGGAUACCUGAGGGAUCAGGAAGAGAGAGAGACUGGAACAGAUUUGCUUUUAGAGGCAGCUCAGCUUGAAGAACUGGUCAACCUGGAAGCAAGAAGUGGGGUGGGGGAAGUGUGAACUGGCUGUGGAGUCUUCUGUGCCCUCGGGCUCACCACCCACCCACUCCAGGAUCCUCAUUCUUAGAUUUCCUGGAGUCUGGAGUCUGUCCGGUAAAGAGCCCUGGGAUCCCAGGACCUUACUCACACCCAGGUGCUGACUUAACGACUCAGCUUCUAAGGGAUAUCUGCAUUUUAAAAGCAGGCCUAGCGAGAAAGCCACACUUAGAGCAAGAAAUGAGUCAUCAGUACUUAAACUCAUGGUGAGAAUGAUUUUUUCAGGAGGUGUGGAGAUUCCCCCCUGGAGGCUGUGUCUACAUAAACAGUUGAUGCUGAAAUGGAAGUCAGCCCAUACAAAGAAGAUUGUCUUUAACAGUCUUUGCAUGAACCUGCAUCUGAAAUAGAUGCCCUCACUACCUGUGGCUACUUUGGCCAUUUUACAAAUGGGCCAGGUUAAUAACAGUAACAGUACUCAUGGCGACCAUUUAUUGAAGGUUUACUGUGUGACACAGUAAGUUGAACACUUUGAAUAUAUUAUUCUCAUUUCAUCCCCAUAACAACCUUAUGAAACAGGUACUAUUAUUGUACCGGUGAGAAAUUUAAGCCAAAAGAGUUUGGACCUUGUUUAAGGUCACACAGUCAGCAAAUAGUAGAGUUGGGUCUGGAACCCACAUGUCUAACUCUGAACUCUGGGCUUUUGACUAAUAUCAACUCGUGCUAUUUCUAUGAAUUCGUGGACCCAAGGCUCAGAAAGUCUGACUGGCAUUGAGGCCUUUUAGGACUAGCUGUGUGCUCUUUCAUUUCUCCUUUUUCCCCACUCUUCUCCCAGCCCAAGACAGGCUGGUGAGCUAGAGCUGGUUUGUAUACCAGUUGUUACAUGUUUUAGGAAUUCUGCAAGCUGACUACGCGCAGCCAUGACUAAAAAUUGAAUUAUAUAAAUGUACAAUUAGUUAUAUUAAAAACAAAGGUAACAACUAUUCAAAACGCCUCCCUUCCUAAUUGGUUCACUACUCGUUUAUUUUCUGUGCUGUGGAGAUUAUUUACUUCUACCAUAAUUGUAUGUUGAACAGACCACACAAUGAUGUGCUACCAGCUCCAUAUUGAGUGAUGUCACAGCAACAACUUAAAAUUGGCUGUGGUGGUAGUGUUUACGCCACUGGAAAUUGGCAAAUGUGAUAAGCCAGGCAUUUUCCCCCUUGGAGAACUAGCUGUUAAACGUUUACCAAGACAUCUCUUUUGCACACAGCAGUGUGGAAGAGAGAAGACUCUGGAAGGAGAAGGAAAAUUCUGUUGGCCACACUGACAGGGACACAAAUUAUGGUCACGCGAGCAGAACAGCAAAUUACGGGGAAAACACAUCUAUCCUGUAGAAAGGAGUCUGGGGCUUCUAGGCAGCUUCAAGGGCAUUCCCUGCCCUACCCCAAACCCUGCUCGAUUGCUGUUAGUGCAGGAAGUUCCACCUGAUGACUUUCAUGGAAAAGUCACAGCUCCACAAAACCGGCCUAUUGGCCAUACCAAUCCAAAAAGUAAAAUCGAGCUCUACAGGACUGGACGAUCCUGUUACUUGUUCUUACAGGUCAAGUUUAUCUCUACAUGUAGACCAAAACCUCAUCUAAAGAAAUAUUUUACUUUGGAAAACAGAAAGGAAAAAGAAAGAAAUAUUUUACUUUGAAAUUAGUGAUUGGAAAUAUCCCACAUCUGAGAAGGGCACAGUGAGCAGCGGUUUCAAGCAUCACAUAAAAUCUGUUACUCCCGAAGCAGGACCCUUACACAGCACAAAGCUGAGGGACAGAAAAGGCAAUGAGUUAAAGGACGUCAUGUAAAGAACAGAGCCCUGCAUCUUACUUUCCUACUCCAGCUACUUUACUCCAUUGCAACCCAACAAAUGAUCCCGUUCACAAUCUAUGGCCUAUUCUCACUGAUACUUUUCUUAAAUGAAGGGCAUGGUUCCUGCUAGGGUAAAAGUCACAGGAAACUCCAGGCUGUGUUUGAAAGCAGGCAGAAUCUCAAGGUCAACAGCGAAUCAGUUACUCUGAUCCCAGUGGUUUCAAUGUGAGGGAUGGAAGGAGUGAGGUUUGCUGACACUUCCCCUUGGAUCCAAUUUCUGGUAGAAGGCGAAGGGACUGUGGACUGGACAUCACAAAACUAUGCUUUGAUUCAAAGUUCAGCUACAAAUAGCAUCAAAAGUAGAGUCUCCCAGUAAAUUGUUAGACCUUCAGAUGAUUCGUUCUGAAAAUAUCCUUCAAGAACUAGUGAGUUCUCUGUUGUGUUAACCUGGAGAAUGGCCAGCCAAGAAAAACCUCACCAAAAAGAGAUCCAAGAGAUAUGUUGUAGAUAAGCAUUGAUCCUUUUCCCCCAAUUCAGGUUAUCACAUGGGUUACCUACAUGAGUUAAGAGUUUGUCUUUUCCAGUAUUGUAUGAAAAUAUUUUACCUUGAGUACUGUAAACAGUCCCCUCUUUUUUUUAACCUUUUUUUUCGGGUAUUGACAUAAGAAAAAGAAAGGAAACUGAGAAUCAUUUUACUUACCCUGAAUUAUUGAUGUAUAUAUACUUUUCUAGGCUUUCUUAUGAUGUUAAAGACAGCAAGAAGUAAACUUAGAAGGCUACUUUACCUCUAUCCUGUCUCCCAUGAAGAGUGUCAUUAA